AACACUGUUCAAUCACCUGUAAGAAACACCGACAAGAUGAAGAAGGCGGCAGGUUUUGUCCUUUUCAGGCGGCUAUGUGGACAAAUUGAAUACCUAUUAUUGAAGGCGUCCUACGGCGAUUUUCACUGGAGCUCUCCCAAAGGACACGUGGACCCAGGAGAAGAUGAUUUUACAACUGCACUGCGUGAGACCAAGGAAGAAGCCGGAUAUGAGGAAAAGGAUCUAAUUAUACACCGCGACACACCGCUCACUCUGAACUACCAGGUUAAAGGAAAACCAAAAAUAGUUAUCUACUGGCUUGCUGAACUGCGAGACCCUAAUCAGGAGCCCAUUCUCUCUGAAGAACAUACCGCGCUGAAGUGGCUAACCAAGGAGGCGGCUAAGGAAUGCGUCGGAUUUAAAGACAAUCAAGAUAUGAUUGAUAAAUUCCAUGAAAUGAUCUUAGCUAAAGAUAAAAAAUAAAACCAAAACAUUCAAGCAAAUGA